AUGCAGUUUGGCGAGUUCGGAGAGUUUGAGCAUGUCGAGUCAGCGUUUGACUACACUGACGAGGAGUUUUCUCGCGCCACCGUGCUCGAAGCGACGAGUGUCAGCAGCAGCGGCGACGCGCUUCUAGUCGGCAUGACGGACGGCAUAUCGUUCAAGUGCUCGCACAACCUCAUGGACGGGAUUCGCCUCCCCGAAUACCCUGCGCAGCCGGCGGCUGUUCUUAAACUCGAAGACGGCUCGCGUAUCCUCCUCCCCAUCCUCAUUCCGCACCUCUCGAGCCAAAUGCUCAUUGACUCGGUGCGCGGCGUGCCUCUGGCUCGGCCAACGGUAUACAUGCUAAUGCGGGAUAUGAUUGAGCUGAUGGGAUAUGAGAUCAGUUUGAUUCGCAUCACCCAUCGAGACGGGGAUGCCUACUGUGCCCGGGCCUACCUAUCCAAGGUUUCUGCUGGCAACACAGCCACCAGCACUGGGAACAGCAGCAGCGGGCCUGCCAUGAUGAGUCUGGACAUGCGGCCAUCCGAUGCCAUCAACCUUGCAGCACGCGCCAAGGUGCCGAUUCAGGUGCGGAAAUCCCUGGCGGUGGCGGACGGAGUGCGGAUAGUCGGGAUGGUGCGGGCGGCAGUGGCACCUGGGCAUGGUGGGCGGCUGCUGAGACGGCAGCCGAGAGUGGUGCUGACGUCAGAUGACAAGCCAGAUUUUGAGGACUUAUCACUGGCGGACGAGUUUGCGUUGGUGAAGCUGAUGGAGGAAGCAGCGCAGCACGAGCGAUACGGCGAUGCAGCGAAGAUCAAGGACCAGCUGACGAAGCUGCGGCGGAGAACUAACAAGGUGUAG